AUGCACAACAUCGCUGCCAUCACCAGGGAUCGACCUCCACACACAAAGCAUACUGCCGAGGUUGUGAAUGCCAACACUAUGGGAAAAGACUUACGCUCUAGCAGAAUAUAUGCAUAUGCGCAUAUGCUCAGAUUUCCCGCCAUUGGGUUUGAGCGGCAUAGCGAUGAAGCCAAGAACAAGGGCAAGGAUUUUGUGGCUUGGAAUUCGCUCAUCUCAAGUUUCGCUUCGAUAGGCAAUGCCUCGGGCGCAAAGAACGCCUUCGAUGCGAUGCCGGGGUGGACGAUCGUGUCGUGGAAUGCGCUCCUGGAUGCUUAUGCUAGGAAGGGGCAGCAGCUCCGCCGGAUGGAAUCUCUCCUCGGCGCCAUGCCCGAGUGGAAUGUCGUCUCCUGGACAAUCAUGCUCAAGGCCUUCACGAACGAGGGCCAGAUCGAUUCGGCGGUGGCUGUCUUCGAUUCAAUGCAGGAGCGCAGCUUGAUCUCCUGGACGAUCUUCCUCCAGGUGUACGCCGCCAGAUCAGGGCUUCUAGCCCAGGCCAGGAACGUCUUUGAGAGGAUGCCCCAGCACGACGCGGUUUCUUGCAAUGUGAUGCUCGUGGCUUUCGCUCAAGCCGCUGAUCCAGCCAGCGCCAAGCGCGUCUUUGAUUCCAUGCGACAGUGGACCGAUGUCUCGUGGAUUUCACUCCUUGCGGCAUUUGCCCGGAAUGGCAAUCUGGAAGGCGCGAAGAACACAUUCGACACCAGUCCAUUCCGGAAUCUCCUUCUCUCGACCGCAAUGCUCCAAGCGUUUGCGCAAUCCGGCCACAUCGAUCAAGCCCAAGAUUUCUUUGACACCAUGCCGGAGUGGGAUCUAGUCGCUUGGAACAGUCUUCUAUCAGCAUUUGCCCAGGCUGGGGAUCUUUACAGCGCUUUGCCAGUCUUUCGGAAGAUGCCGAUCAAGGACAUUGUCUCUUGGACGUCUCUCCUCGGGGCUUGCUCCAGGGAACCAGCGGCGGCAUCGAUCGUCUUCCAUUCCAUGCCGCAGCGAGAUAUCGUGGCCUGGACCUCGAUCCUCGAGAUCUACUCGCAGGCUGGAGAGAUGGGCGUAGCUCGAGCUACGUUUGAUCGGAUGCCCGAGCUGGAUACCAUCUGCUGGACAGCGAUGAUCUUCGCGUGCUCGCGCUCGAAAGCUGGCGAGCAAGCGCUCGAGCUCUUCGCGUCGAUGCAGAUGGAAGGGUGGAAUCCAAAUGGCGUGACAUGUCUCAAUGUUCUUGCCGCUUGCGCGCAUCUGGGCCUCGUCGAUCAGUGCCAGGGAUUUCUGGGAUCGAUGAGCCUGGAUCACGGGCUCUCUCCGGGGAUCGAGCACAUCUCCUGCGCGAUCGACCUCCUGGGCCGGAUGGGAAGGCUCGAGCAGGCGGAAGAGCUGCUGCGAGCAAUGCCGUUCUCUCCGGACGCCGCCGCGAUCCGGGCACUUCUUAGCAGCAGCCGGACGCACAGAGACGUCGAUCGCGCUCGCCGUCGCGCGAGAUCGUCGUGUUCUUCCCUGGCCACCAUUCCUCUUCUUUCCAACGCGAUGCUGUGA